CUGCUCUUGAUCAAGCGCAGCUGACCCUGAAUCCAUCAUUAUUGUCUCAGAGCCGUUUCACAGAGUCUGCGAGUAUAUAAAUGGGAUUCUCAACUCCCUUGCUCUGAGAAGUUUGCUCUUGAUCAAGUCCGGCUGACUGUGAAUCUACCAUCAUUGUCUCAGAACUGAUAGCAGCUCAGACACUGAGAUGUCCAAGCCAACAGUCCACUUCAGAGCAGUGAGAGGAGGGAGCUGGGAGGAGAUGACGUUGGUACGAGGUGAUUGUCGGGAAGGCCGGAAAGUGACUGAAGAUAAUCCACUGAACGGGAAUGUCAAUGUAAAAGAUUUUCUUCUCAAAUUCGAUAAACAUAUUCCACAAAUGAUAACUUACAGCAAGGAGCUACGUGACAUAGCCAAUUGUGUCGACACGUGUAAGAGAGAUGUGAACAUUGCCAAUGUCACUGGGACGUCUGCAAGUAUUGUAGGAGGACUUCUGGCCAUUGCUGGAUUAAUUGCUUCUCCUUUUACUUUUGGUGCAUCUUUAGUUCUCACUGGGGUGGGACUCGGGGUGGGUGCAGCUGGUGGUGUCACUAACAUUGGAGCGUCUAUUACUGAUCAUGUUAUUCAAAAGAAAAAAACUGACAAGAUGAAAGAAAUCAUAGAACUCUUUGAAAAAUACAACAAAAUCAUGUUAGAGAGCUUGUGUUGGGUACAGCAGAGUAUUGAAGUAUCAAUUAGAAUGAGAGAGGAAACUAUAUCAAGAAGCUCAGCGAUUGGUGCAACUCAGGCUCUCACUAAAAGCUUGAAUCCUGUUCUUGUUGUGACUUCAAAUGUGACCAGAAAUGCUUUAAGAGCAGCUAAAGCUGUGUCAGGGGUUCUGUCAGGACUCCUCCUGGUGUGGGAUAUGUAUCAUUUAGUGAAAGAUGCAAAGGACCUUCACGAAGGAAGUAAGACUGAACUUGCUCAAGAAAUAAGGAAAGCAGCUGAUGAUGUAGAUGAGACAAUAGAGGAAUAUAGAAAGGUUUAUCAAGAAAUAGUGGAAAGUGCACAGUUUCUCAAAUGAUGUCUGAUUAAUGAAAUUUCAAACUGCCAAUAUUUGUAACAACUUUCUCCAAAUUAUGAAAAGCAUUUCCGCUUCUUUUAGCUCAGUUUGCUGGAUUGUUGGUUUACUGUGAUGCCAACAACCUGGGUUCAAUUCCCAUCACCAGUUUGUGGUUACCAUGAAGGU